AUGUCUUCGAUGCGAAUUCUGUUACUUCUGGGGAUCCUCGGGCUGAUGUACCCCCGGACAUUGGCGGAAGAUGUUCACUAUUACAUAACGGCAGAAAAUGUGAUAUGGGACUAUGCGCCUAGUGGAAACAAUCUGGCAACUUACGAUGACGAGAAUUAUAAAACCUUUUUAAAUCCUGGGCCAAACAGAAUUGGCCACAAGUACUACAAAGCUAUCUAUAAGCAAUACACUGAUGAAACCUACAAAACAGAGAUAAAAAAACCAGAUUGGAUGGGUUUCUUAGGUCCUAUAAUCUCAGGAUCUGUUGGCCAAACUCUGAAAAUCCAUUUCAAGAAUUUGGCUGAUCGGAAUUUUAGCAUGCAUCCUCAUGGAAUUUUCUAUGAAAAAGAUAGUGAAGGAGCUUUGUAUCUUGACAAGACUGGUAAAAAAGACAAAGCUGAUGACAUUGUCCAACCACAACAAACGCAUCUCUACAAAUGGGAAGUAAAAGAAAUUGAUGCCCCAGCUGCAGGUGACCCUGACUGUCUUCCUUGGAUGUAUCAUUCACACAUUGACCCAGUCAGGGAUAUGUACUCUGGCCUAAUGGGAUUGAUCCUAACCUGUAAAAAAGGCAAACAUGCUAAACUGGACACGUCUUUUGCUCUGCUGUUAAAAGUUAUGGAUGAAAAUUUAAGCUGGUAUUUGGACAAAAACAUUGAAAAGUUUAUCCAAUCUGGAGUCAAAGUGAAUCCUGAAGACGAAGAUUUUCAAGAGAGCAACAAGAUGCAUUCAAUAAAUGGUCUGAUGUAUGGUCACCUGAAAGGACUCGACACUUGCAUGGGGGACAAUAUUACCUGGUUUCUGUUGGGAAUGGGUAAUGAGGUUGACCUUCACACUAUCAACUUUUAUGGGCAAUCAUUAAUGUAUAAUCAUCACAGGACAGAUUCGGUCAACAUUUACCCAUCAGAAUUUGCAGUUGCUACAAUGAAAAUAAAUCUUCCAGGAAAUUGGCUCAUUUUCUGUCAUGUUCAUGAUCAUUUUGUUGCUGGUAUGACUGCAUUUUUGAGAGUGAAUACAUGUUCCCGGGAGCCUGAUUUGCCCAAAAAUGGAAAAAUAAGAAAAUAUUACAUUGCUGCAGAAUUGGUCUACUGGAACUAUUCUCAAAAUGGCCAGAAUUUGUAUGAUGGUGGCUCUUUGACAGAAGCAGAUAGUGAUUCUGAAGUCUUUUUCAAGAAAGGUCCUCAUAGAAUUGGUGGACAAUACUUAAAAGCCAUUUACCAAGAAUACACAGAUGGAACAUUUUCAGUUCGCAAGAAAAGAAAGCCAGAAGAAGAACACCUUGGCUUUCUGGGACCCGUUAUAAAAGCCUCUGUUGGUGAUUUGGUGAAAGUAGAAUUCUAUAACAAAGCAAAUCGAACCUAUUCUAUUCAUCCUUUUGGGUUUUUCUAUGAUAAAUUCAGUGAAGGUUCCCAUUACAAAGACUAUGUUAUACACAAACUUACACACAACUACAAUGCUGCACCAAAUACAAUAAAGUCUUAUACGUGGCAAGUGACAGAGAACAUGGGUCCACUACCUGAUGAUCCACCUUGCAUCACAAGAAUGUAUGCAUCUGUGAUAGACUAUAUGAAAGAUACUUAUUCUGGACUUGUUGGGCCAAUGCUUAUCUGUAAGAGAGGAGCUUUGAAUGACGAUGGGAAACAGAAAGAUGUCGAUAAAGAAUUUUUUCUGCUGUUUUCUGUUACUGAUGAAAAUGAAUCUUGGUAUAUUAAGAAAAACAUCAACAAGUUUGCUUCAGAGCCAAAUAAAAUCGAUAUGGACGAUGAAGACUUCAAAGAAUCGAAUUUGAUGCAUGGAAUAAAUGGUUACUUAUACGGGAAUUUGCGUGGCUUGAAUAUGUGUGUUGGUGACCGUAUCAGUUGGCAUAUUCUGUCUGUUGGCAAUGAAGUAGAUCUUCACACGGCAUUUUUCCAUGGGAAUACAUUUACUGUCUAUGAAAACCACAAGGAUACCAUUGCAGUUCUUCCAGGAACAUUCAAGACACUCUCUAUGACUGCAAAAAAUUCUGGUACCUGGGCCUUGGUAUGUAAAACAAAUGAUCACUUCAAUGCUGGGACAAAGGCUUUGUAUCACGUCAAUAAAUGUGGCCGACUCACUGCCCAUGAACGAAUGACUGGCAAGAACAGGACUUAUUACAUUGCUGCUGAAGAAAUUGAGUGGGAAUAUGCCAAAGGACAUCAAGAUUUUGUAAGGGGUGGAUCCUUGGAUGACCCAAAUAAUGAGGGUAAUGCUUUUGUCAAGUCAUCAGAGACGCUGAUUGGAAGCAAAUAUAUAAAAGCUGUAUACAGAGAAUAUACUGAUGACACUUUUACAACUCCAAUGCCCCAUCCCAAAUACCUUGGAAUUCUGGGGCCAGUUAUCAAGGCUAAUGUGGGUGACACAAUUAGAAACGAAAGCAACUAUCUGGACCAAAAUAUUAAAAAAUACUGUAGUAAGCCAAAUGACGUAAAUAAAGAGAAUGAGGAAUUUAUUGAAAAUAACAAAAAUCAUGGUAUCAAUGGCCUUUUGUAUGGCAACCUUCAAAGUUUGAAAAUGUUUCAAGAUGAAACCGUUUACUGGUAUCUUCUUGGUUUGGGCACUGAAGUCGAUAUUCACAGUGUGCACUUUCAUGGCAAUACCUUCCUUCAUUAUACAGAUUAUCAACAUCGAAAGGAUACCAUUGACCUUUGGCCUGGCACCUUCAGCACUGUUGUUAUGGUUGCACAUAACCCUGGCACCUGGCUGCUACAUUGUCAUGUUAAUGAUCAUAUCAUUGGCGGAAUGGAGACUGUCUACACAGUUUUGCCCAAAAAUGUCACAAGAAAAUAA